AUGAGCAUAACAUAUACAAGGUCCCUUCUUUUAUUUGUUUUGCUUGUAGAGCACUUGCUCCCAGCUCUUGGAUUCAACCAAGGAGCUGGAGAUGGUCGUAUUCAUUGCAUAGAGAUCGAGAGACGAGCACUCCUCGAGAUAAAACAAGACCUUGUAGACGACUAUGGUCAUCUCGAUUCUUGGGGGAGUGAAGAGGGGAAGAGAGAUUGUUGCGAAUGGAGGGGGAUCCAAUGCAGCAACCAAACUGGUCACAUCACUGUGCUUGAUCUUCAUGUUGCCGAGCUUGGUGAUAGAAACAAGCCCUUGAGAGGUAAAAUUAAUCAUUCAUUGCUCAAAUUGCAACAUCUUCGCUAUUUGGAUUUCAGUGGAAAUGAUUUUCAGGGGACUUUGCUCCCUAAUUUCAAUGGCUCCCUCAGCAAAUUAAGAUACCUCAACAUCUCCAAUGUUGGUUUCACUGGAACCCUCUCAUAUCAGCUUAGGAACCUCUCAAGCUUGCAGUCUCUUGAUCUCAGUGAUAAUCAAUUGGACGGCAUCAUUCCAUCUGCAUUUCAGAACAUGAUUUCUCUUAAAAAUCUUAAUCUUUCCUUCAAUACAAUUGAAGGAACAAUUCCAAACUUUUUUGGAAAUUUCUGUAGUUUGCAUACACUAGACCUUGCUGGGAACAAUCUCACUGGACAGCUUCCUGCAUUUUUAGAACAUUUGUCCGGAUGUGCAGAAAACUCAUUGGAGAUUCUAAACUUGAAAAUGAAUCAGCUUCAUGGUUCAUUGCCUGAUAUCACCAGAUUUUCUUCCUUAAAGGAACUGUUUCUCUGUGAAAAUCAUCUGAAUGGCUCCUUUCCAGAAAGAUUCAGCCAACUUUCAGAUCUUGUUGUCUUGGAAGUGGAUCACAACCAACUGGCAGGAUCAUUACCUGAUCUUACAAUUUUUCCAUCGUUGAAGAGGUUAAGCCUUUCGCACAAUAGAUUGAAUGGGACUGUAACUGAAAGUCUUGGAGGCCUAUCUAAGCUUGAGGUCUUGUAUGCCAACCAUAAUUCUUUCCAUGGUUUGAUUACCGAAGCUCAUUUUCAAAAUCUAUCCCAAUUACAGGAAUUGUUCUUGAAUAAGAACCCUCUGGCUUUGAAAUUCAACUCUGAUUGGUCUCCUCCUUUUCAGUUGGAUACAGUAUGUCUUAUGUCCUGCAAUUUGGGGCCUUAUUUCCCGAAAUGGCUUCAAAAUCAAAAUAAUUAUACCAGUCUUGAUAUCUCUGAUGCUGGAAUUUCAGGUCCUGUUCCUGAGUGGUUUUGGAACCUAUCUCCUAGAGUGCGUUUUCUAAAUCUCUCUCACAACUUAUUGAGUGGGAUGGUGCCAGAUUUAUCCUCAAAAUUUGUUGGUAGCCCAGGGAUAGAUCUGAAUUCAAAUCUUUUUGAAGGUCCUUUGCCGCUCCUUCCUUCCAAUGCUUUAUCCUUGAGUCUUUCUAAAAAUAGAUUUUUGGGCUCCAUCUCUUCUAUAUGCAACUCCAUAGGCAGGAAAUUAAAUUUUCUGGACCUCUCAGAUAACUUAUUAUCUGGAGUCCUUGACGAUGAUUGUUUCAUGAAUGGACAACAACUGGUUGUCCUGAACUUGGCUGACAACAACUUUUCAGGAAAAAUUCCAAACUCUGUGGGAUCUCUAUCAGAGCUCCAAACAUUCAGUCUACGUAACAAUAGCUUCUCUGGGGAAAUAACUUUAUCCUUCAGGAAUUGUAGUCGGCUGAGAUUUUUGGACCUUAGUCAUAAUAGGUUAUCCGGGAAAAUACCUGCAUGGAUCGGGGAAAGCCAGCGUGAUUUGAUCUUUUUCAGUUUACAGUCUAAUGCGUUUCAUGGAAGCAUACCGGUUCAAUUGUGUUGGUUGCAGAAUAUUUUGUUGUUGGACCUCUCCAUAAACAAUAUUUCAGGAACCAUUCCUCGUUGCCUCAAGAAUUUCACCCACAUGUCGAGAAAACAAGGAGACAACAACUAUAACUUUUAUGAUUACAAUUUUUCUGCAUCUUCUGGAGAAGAUGGCGGUUUUCAAGCGAAAUAUGCGGAUAGCGCCUUAAUUGGAUGGAAAGGAAGAACAUAUAGAUAUGACAAAAAUCUUCAACUUUUGAGGAUCAUUAAUCUUGCGGAAAACAAAUUAUCAGGGAAAAUUCCAGGGGAAAUAACAAGUCUUCAAGCUCUGGUUGGAUUUAACUUAUCAAGAAAUGAUUUGAGUGGAAGAAUUCCUCUAGAGAUUGGAAAAUUGAAGCAGUUACAGUGGCUUGAUUUAUCCAGAAAUCGCUUAUCAGGAGUAAUUCCUGAUGGCAUGGCUAAGUUGUACUUUUUGAGUUACAUGGACCUUUCCUAUAACAACUUGUCAGGGAGAAUUCCAACGAGCACUCAGCUUCAGAGCUUUGAUGCUUCUACUUUUUCCGGUAAUUCGAACAUCUGUGGGCCACCCGUGAUCCAAAAAUGUCCUGGAGAUGAGAGGCCUCAGGUUGGACCAACAAAUGAUGAUAGACAAGACAACGAAGAAAACGAUGACGACUUCAGAAAAUGGUUUUUAGCUGGUUUGGCUUCUGGAUUCAGUGUUAGCUUUGUGGGGAUUUUAGGCAUUUUAGUGCAGAGGCCUCCUUGGAGACGUGCUUUUUUUUAG